AUGGAAGACUUUGACCUCGAACUCGACGAAUUGGAGCUAGUGGCAGCUGCUGCUGGCUACCACUACUACACGAGCAUCACGAGGCAGCCUGCCCGUGGCCUUUCCUCAAAGGGGUCAGGCUUCAUGAACGAGGUCCUCCAUGGUAAUGACGAUUUGUGCCGCGAGAUGUUCCGAAUGGACUGCCACAGGGACGAUUGGCUUUUCAGUAGUGUCGAGGGUAUUGGUGAAGUGGAGGAUGCUGCGGGAGUUGUGGAUGAGCUGGCGGACGAUUUGCAUCAGUCGGGCUUCUCGAUUCAUGAACAGGUGGCAGCUUCGCAUAGGGACUCGAUUGCGGCAGCUAUGUGGAACGACUUCAUGAACAAGUGGGAUGAG